UCGACAUUCUGCAAACAUGGCUGGCCAACAAUGCCUGGCAUAUGCUUCAUUUAUGGCUCUAGUGUUUUCCGGGGUGCACUAUAAGGAGCCAGCGCAGAGCACAGCUGCAAUUCCCGUCGAGGUAGACUUUGUUGUGAUCGGCGGCGGGUCAGGUGGAGCCACUGUAGCUGGGCGGCUUUCGGAGGUCUCGAAAUGGCAGGUGCUUCUGCUGGAAGCAGGUCCCGAGGAACCGAUAGUGCAGCAGGUGCCGGCAUUUAGCACGCAAACGUAUGGCACGGCGAAGUACGACUGGCAGUUAAAAGUGGAAAAGACUGCGAAUGACGUAACCGGUGUGAUCCCCAGGGCAAAAAUGCUUGGCGGCUGCAGUGCUCACAAUGGCAUGGUGUACCAGCGCGGUGUGGAGGCCGACUUCCAGUGUUGGGAGAAAGCAGGCGCGAAAGGGUGGAGUUUUAAGGAAGUGUUGCCGUACUACAAGAAGUCAGAAGACAAUCUCGAUCCAGACGUGGCCAAAAACACAGCAUAUCACAGCACCGGCGGACCUCUCGGAGUGCAGCGCGUCCCCUACCAGGAUGCUAACGCGCGACUCCUGCGCGAAGCGUACAAGGAGGGUGGCUACUCUGAAGUGGAUCUUAACGGCGGCCACGACGAGGGCUUUGCAUGGUCUCAAACGACAGCGAGACAGGGGCAACGCAACAGCGCGAACACUGCAUUUCUCUUGAGUGCGCGCUCCAAGCGGAGCAAUCUGCACAUCGCCACUGGGAUCCUGGUCAAGAAGGUCAACAUAAACGCAAAGACCAAACGCGUUGAGUCUGUGGAGUAUACCGACCCCAAGGGCGCGUCUAAGAUCGUGAAAGCAAGGCUCGAGGUGAUUCUUAGCGCUGGCACUUAUUUAUCCCCUCAACUUCUGAUGGCUUCGGGAAUAGGGCCAGCUGACCAGUUAAAGAAAGCAGGGAUACCGGUGAUCGCUCCAUUAAAUGCGGUUGGAUCAAAUUUACAGGACCAUGUAAUGGUUAUGAGUCUGCCAUCAAUCAAUUUCAGCAAAACUGCAGUUGUCCCAACACCAAAGCAGAUGAACCAGCAUGCUCAGCAAUUCAAGAAGGGUACUGGUCCACUAACUGCAAAUGGACUCAACUCUUUGGUAAUUCGUACAAAGAGUCCUCUCCAGCCGUCUUCUGACGCGCGCCCGUACGUCCAAGUGCAGCACGCUAUUGGGUGGCAGAAGAACCAGAACCUGAUACCCUACUGUAAAGUGGACACACCGACAGCAAAUGCUACCACCUGCUACUACAACGCGGUGACGGCCUCAGUCGUCCUACUGCACUCGCAAGAUGCUGGAAGUGUUCAGAUCAACACCACCAAUCCUUACGGGCCUCCGCUGAUUUACCAAAAGAUUCUCUCCAGUGAUCAGGACGUCCGCGCUGUCGCUGCGGUGCUUAAGAGCCUCACGGAGACGCUGCGGUCCUCCAAGUCGCUGCAGCGCGCGGGCGCCACGGUGAACCUCCCCGCGGCCGGGGCCGCGUGUGGCGGCCAGGCCGUCGGCAGCCAGGCGUGGUACGAGUGCGUGGUGCGCGCCAACGGGGGCUCGUCCUGGGGCCACGGCGUGGGCACCUGCAGCAUCGGCAGCGUGGUGGACGCCCGCCUGCGCGUGCUGGGCGGCGUGAGCGGGCUGCGGGUGGUGGACGCCUCGGUGAUGCCGUGCGUGCCGAGCGGCAACACCAACGCGCCCGCCAUCAUGAUCGGCGAGAGGGCGGCCGACUUCAUCAAGCAGGACCACGGCGUCAAGGCGUGACAUUUCGCG